UAUCAAGGUCACAUCUUGAGAGAUCUUAAACUCAUCGGUACUUUCUAGAAUACAUCUCCGAAGUGGAUACACGCGAUACGUCGAUCGGAAGUAGCCAUAUACAAAGUAGUCCCCAAACGUAAACAUAGGUGUUAUUGGUAGCGGUAACCGAGGACGCCCCAUAACAAUUAGACAAAAGUAGACGUCAUGUAAACGUAAAAUGGCACAGAGUUUUCGAAGUUGUGUUCGAAGAGAUCCCGAUAUACAAAUCGAAAUUUCGUUAGACGAACGUUACGGAUUCGUGAAAUAUGAAUUUGUAUAUUUGUCAGAAACGUGGCUAGUGGUGGAGGCUGUUGCAUUAUUUGACCUAACCAGCGCAAAAAGUUGGCACACCACCGUCCCAGAGUCCCAUUAAUCUUUUAAUUUUUGAUAAUUGAAUUAGUCCCGUGGCUAGCGCAACGGACAGGAGCACGACCGAGUUGUAGCGUUCUCCCUCUCUUCCUCGAGAACCUUGCAGUUUCUCCACCGCCGUUCUCUUCGCCGGUUCCGAGUGGACCCGGCCUCUAUCGGCUACCUCCUCCCCCCCUUCUCUAUCUCCUGGUCGUCCACCGACUUCUCCAGCUUCUCUUGCCGUGCUCCACCGCCGCCACCUCCACCAUCUCCGACGACCAUCUCCGUCGUAACCUACCACUCUCGGACUCUCCAGCGUUCCCUCCCGCCCCCACCCCGCCGCUCCCUCCUUGGCCCUCUAUCUGGACGGGGAACCUCGUUACUCCGGCACGGUGGUGGAAGUCGCAACGGAACUUCAGUGCAGCUGCGACGAGCAGCUGACGCGGAAUCGUUUUGGUUAGUUGCUGCUCGAGGCUCUCCCGUCGCGAACGCACUGGGCCGAUUUUCAAUCGCGACGUACCGCGCGCGCGGUUCAACGCGACCGUUCAGUGCGCAUGCCCGUGUGCUUGUUGCGUGCCUCGAGUACUCGCAGAGAAGCUGCGCGCAUCGAAGCAGACGCGUUUUGGUGCACACCGUCUCGAGACUUUCCCGCACGUCAAAUGAACGGAGCCCCGAUCGACCGCGGCCAAGAGAAAGCAGCCUCGUCAACGCGUCGACGCCGAGUGUCGCGAGAUCGUGGCGAUUCGACGACCGAUCACUCGUCGGCCACGAGCCGAUCCGACGGUGGUUGAGCUCGCGAUACCGCCAUCGCUGCCAACCUCUUCCUAGCUCUCCUUCAACACGACCAACACCGACUCGGUAAAUCGUCAAUGGCGAAGACAAAUAUGGAGUCGACGCGAGUGCCUUCGAUGUCGUUGACCCUAACUCUGGGUCUGACGUUCCUUUUAUCGGUCGCACAUUGCGGCGCCUCGGAAAGCAUAAUAGGUAGCCGCGAGACCUGCGAAGUCGAGGGAGAAGACUUCACCGUCGACAAGAUCCCGAACACCAAGUGUUUCAACUGCAUAUGCAAGAACGGUUUCGUUGAGUGCAGAAAGCAACAAGAGUGCCCUAGCAUCGAAGGUUGCUACACGUUACUGGAGCCACGAGAAGAUGAGUGCUGCCACAGGUGUAAAGGAUGCGUACGAAAUGGGGUCUACCACGAGUCUGAGACGGAGUGGACUGAAGCUGAACCGUGCAGAGUGUUCACUUGCAAGGCUGGAGUGAUCACGGAGUCGCGACUGCAUUGCUAUACACCAUGCUCGAAGCCAAUUCCCCCUGCACCUGGCCAGUGCUGCCCAGUCUGCGCGGGAUGCUACGUGAACGGACAAAUGGUGACGGCGGACAGAUCGGUGACGACGACCGAGGACCCGUGCGUGACUUGCAGGUGCAACGCUGGUCGGCUGAUCUGCGCCAAGCAGGCCUGUCCCGUGCUGCACUGUCCUUCUUCGAGGAUCGUUCACGAUCCCGGCGAGUGUUGUCCUCGCUGCAAAGGCAGCGGAAGGUACUUGUCACCACCAAAGGGAGCGUGCAUGCUUGGAACGAUGAUCUACAAUUCGGGCAAACAGUUUUACGCCGACCAGUGCACACGUUGCAGCUGUUCUAAUUCAGCCGUGUCGUGCGUCAGAGAGACUUGCCCUGUCCACGACUGUCCGAGCGAGCAUCAAAUCAUCCUUCCUGAUCGCUGUUGUCCGCAAUGUCCCGAAGUCGAGGAAAUUCGACCGUCGUGUACAUAUGCCGGGAAGACUUACGGGGAUGGCGAAACUUGGAAGCUUGAUUCCUGCAAGGCAUGCGCUUGCACGCAGGGAAAGGUGCGGUGCGCGAUGCCGAUGUGCCCGCCGUUAAAUCUACCCUGUCCACCAAAUUCGAGGCUGGAACACCCGGAGGGCCAGUGCUGUCCACGUUGCGUCGAAAGCGACGGCGUGUGCACGGUCUUCGGGGAUCCGCAUUAUCGCACGUUCGAUGGAAAGUUUUACAGCUUCAAGGGCGCGUGCAAGUAUCAGUUGGCCAGUGAUUGCUCGAGCCACACGUUCAGCAUUCGGGUGACCAACGACGCCAGGGCGACCAGGUUCUCCGCGUGGACGAAGACGAUCGCCAUAAAGGUGGGCGAUUUGAAGGUGAAUCUCGGUCAGAGGAUGAGAGUGAAGGUGAACGGGAAGAAGGUAGAGGUGCCUUAUCGCGUGGCGAACCGUUUGGAGGUGAAUCGAACGGUGGACAGCAUCGUAGUGAGCACUCAAAUCGGAAUCAAAGUUCUAUGGGACGGGAUUAGUUUCCUCGAAGUCUCAGCGCCGACUUCAUACAGGGGUAGACUGUGCGGUCUCUGCGGAAACUUUAAUUCCCUACCAAAGGACGACUUCACCAACAGACGGGGUAGGUUGUUACAAGAUCCUCAACCGUUUGGUCAGUCCUGGGCGGUAGGAGCCAAGAGAAGUUGCGUCAGGCCGAAGCACACGGUUAAUCACGACAGAGAGAGACGUUGCAGAGGACGAAAAGAUCACAGGUUGUGCAAUCGGCUGAGGUCGCAGAUCUUCGACGCGUGCCACAAGAAGGUGAACCCUACCAUGUACUACAAGGCUUGCCUGCAGGACAUGUGCGAGUGCCCCAGCGAGAACUGCUACUGCGAGUCGUUCACCGCGUACGCGCAUGAGUGCAAGAGGCUGGGCAUUCAGCUUCCUCACUGGCGGAAAUCGACCAGGUGUCGAACCGGUUGGGACCAGUCACUGGGAUCGCCAGCGAUCGGCCCGCGUUACCCCUGAUCGGUUCGAGUUCGAAUCAGCCGACGAGGAUCGCGUAAACCGAUUCUUGUUUCGUGUUCGUCCAGUCGCGUCGACGCGUCGUGCUCGCGCCCCGUCUACGGACAAAACUCGCCUCGACGUCGACGACGUUCCUCGUGUCGCGGAACGACGUCCUCUGCCACCAGAGAUGGGCAAAAUUCGAUAUUAUGGUACGAGGACUGCUCGACUCAGAAAAUUACCAUUUUUCGGGAAUUAAAAGUUCUUCGUUCGAUUUAAGCGAUAGGGUGCAACACUUUAUCUACCAGGAGCCUACUUUAAGGGGGUAUCCUGAAUUAGGAGGUCUAAAAAAAGCGGUUUUUCGUGAAUUUUUUUAGGAUGGAAAAGAAACAAUUAAUUCUAUUGUGAAUUUUUAUCCUAUUUUUAUACAUAUCUGAAUAGUCUGCAUAAAAUUUUCCAACAAGAAAUAUUCGAAUUGAGUCGACUGUGACGCACGUUUGUAGACCACCUUCACAAUUAAAGCCUCCUAUCGGCGGGAAGGAUGCGGGUCGUAAGUUUGAUUUGUCACAAAAAAUCAAAAGAAAUUUUCAUUUUCAUACAUUUUUCUUCUGUGUGAACUAAGAAACUUCAUAGAAAAGAAAUUUUAAACAACUUUUUUAUCGAGUUAAAGUGACUUCUUUCAACCAAAGAACUCGUUCUUUUUUUUCAAACAUGCAGUAACUUCACAUUUCGCCAUUUUUGCGGGUUUCUCUUAGUUCACGUAGAAGAAAAAUGUAUGAAAAUGAAAAUUUCUUUUGGUUUUUUUUUUUUGAGUCAAACCAAAAUUACGACCGGCAUCUUUCUCGCCGAUAGGAGGUUUUAAUUGUGUAUAUUUGUGAAUAUUUCUUGUUGAGAAAAUUUGUACAGACUACCCAAAUAUGUAUAAAAAUAGGAUAAAAGUUCGGAUAGAAUUAAUUGUUUUUUUCCAUCUUAAAGAAAUUCGCGAAGAACGGCUUUUUUUUAGACCUUCUAAUUCAGGAUACCCCCUUCAUUCCAUCGUCUACUUACAAGGACCUAUUAACUGUGAUGUUGGCUGUCUACUUAAGAUGCUUAAUUUGAGGAAAGGCCUUUCGAUAUGCCUAGUAAUAGCACGUAAAAAUUAAUAUCAGCCUAGAUAACAUCAAUCUAUGCUAAUGUAAAAAAUCCUUUUCUAAGUUGUAGCCUUUUUCUACAUAGGCCAGUAGUUAAAGUGUUAAUUUAGAAAUAACCAAAAAGUCGGGGAUUAUUGAGUUUUACGGUAAAAUCUUAAAUUCUUAUCCAGACGGAAAUAUCGAAUAACCAACGGGGGAUAAACAAACUUUUUAACUCUUACUCGCUGAAUCGCAAAUCUGCUAUAUUGAGAAAAUCAAUUUUCCAACCUUUUUUAUUCGCUGGGAUAUACAAUCGGUCCUACAAAUAUUCGUCUAUUGAUGAAAUUUGGUAAAAUCAAAUGGUAGGUGUGAUGUGUCCAAAUAAAUUUUUCAUUAUAAAUAUGUACAUGUGUAAAGUUUAUUUAUGUAUAUAUCUGUAAUGAAUUUAUUUGGAAACAUCGGACUUACCAUUUGAUUUAGACAAAUUUCUUCAGUAGACAUAAAGGGUACGAAUACUUUUGAUGCUCGUGACUUUCUAUGUCUUACUAGAGUCAAAAGAAUUGAAAAGUCUACUAGUAAUUGUAAAAUCAUCCACCAUCUAACUGGAGUUUUUGUUUUAACGGGUUAGUCGCAGCCAGAAAAAUGGAAACGGACAGUUUCUUGUGUUCUUUUUUUUUAAGAUAUUAAAUAAUAAUUUUUAUUAAUGAAAUGUAAACAUAUUGCAAAGUAUGUCUUAAAGAACUACGAAAGAAUUUUUGUUUUAAAAAAAGGUUAAUUCAUUUCGUCCAUAACAGACGAUGGCGUGGGUGGCCACUUGGUUUGCGAUGAACAAGAUUUCUUCAAGCUGGUGCACCUGAAAACAAAACUAAAGGUAGAUUUAGAAAAUAUAUUAGACUAACGGGUCCCUGAUCGAAGGAUUUUUUAUUUUCUUAUAUACUUCUUUUUUACCCUGUAUUGGAUCGUUUAAUUUUAGUGAAAAAAACAAAAAUCAACUUCAAAUGUACGCCAUCUUGUUUUAAAUGAAUUUUUUCCAAAAUCCUUCGAUCAGGGACCCGCUAGACUAAUCUAUUAUCGAAAUCUACCUUUGUUUUUGUUUUCAGGUAAUCCAGUGUAGAGAAAUCUUGCUCACCGCAAACCUACGUUUUUUAGUUCUUUAAAACAUGCUUUAUAAUAUACUUAAUUGUUACUUAUGCGAAUUAUUAUUUACUAACUAAACAAAAAAAUCACAAAGAAAUGUCGUUUUUCCUCUUCUUGACUGCGACUAACCCCUUACUUCGACAAGCAACGCGUAAGAAAUCGUUUAUCUUUCAUUCGUUGUGGACAUUUUCAUCCGAGUAAGAAAUUUGCCCAUCUCUUCUCUUUCGCUCCCGGAGAACGAACCGAACGCGGGGGACUGCUCGACGAAAAUCUACUAGUCACCGUUUCUACCGUGAACACGCGCGUCGACCGAGAGUUUCCACGCGUGUCGACCUAGAAUUUCCGCGCAUCCACGACGCUUUAACCACGACGCCCACGGAAGCUGCGCGUCGUCGCAAAUUCUCCGCGCGAUCCUCUUCGACGCUCGAAUGGUUCCGGAGCACCGUGCAGUAUUUCGGCCGAUGAGCAGGCUCGCGGCAUAGCAUCUACGUCCCAGAGUAAUCGCGCGCUCAAUCGAACGCGCAACGAUCGACCUUUCCUCCUUAUAGGUUUAAGCGAACCUUCUCCAGCACGUCCUCUCGCGUGUGUAGAUAGAUAUAGGUGUACGUACAAGAUGUCCCAACAAAGACAGGCUAUUCGCAGUUACCCUCGUUUAUACGGAACAAUUUUUCUAAAAUAUACACCGUGGUUCGUCAGAAAUUUCCACCUCUCGGUUUAUGGUGAAUAUUAUUACGAAUAGCAAACAUUUGCGUAGACUACUUCGAAUGGUUUCAAGUCGGACUUAUUCUGAUGUUAUUGGUUUUUUUGUUGGUGAACGCGUGGAGAACUUACGAAAGUCAAUAACGUGGUUUUAAACGGAGUCAUGUACAGUGGGUGUAGAAUGUAUUCGUAAACGAUCAAUUUCCCAAAGAACUUUUGUAUGAAAUUGUAGUUUCUUAACUUCUUUUUUUAUAAUCAAUGAUAUUUUACGUAUUCUCGGAAGUCUCUAAGAUAGAUAUAGUCCAAAACAACAUUUACUAGUCAAUAUAAUUUGUGAUGUUAACAAAAAAAUGUGAAAAGUGGAUAAAAGUAUAGAAGCAAUAAGUAUUUGUACGAUUCUUAUGACGAACCAUUUAUAGUGGAGUUUGUAACGUAAACACAUUAGUUUAUUGGUCCGUACGAAUUAGAAAACAACAAAUUUCCUAUAAAGUACUUGUAAAAAUGGCUCUAAUAGAGGAAUGGAAAAAGAUCUCACUUCGAAUAACUAAUAAUUUAAGGAAGUAUUACAUACUUGUAAAUUAAUGUAAAUUUCUUUUUUUUCUUAAUUAAGUUUUAAAAAUUAAACAGUCGUGCGAAUACUUAUCGCUUCAACGUUUCUAUCGAUUAAUUGGUUUUUUUCUUGUUAAUUUCGCAACUUACAUAAAUAGCUAUUUUUUUUUUGUAAUCUAUCUAUUCUAGAUAUUUCCAAAAAUACGUAGAAUGUCAUUGUUUAUAAAAAGUAAAUUAAUCAAUUACAAUUUUACAUAGUUUUUUUGGAAAUUGAUCGGUGUACGAAUACUUUCUACAUCCACUGUAUUUUCGAUUACACCGAUCGAUGUAGCAUAAUGUUCUCUAAAAAAAAUGUUUUGACUUGUUUGUGUCCAAAAAUCAUUAGUUUAAACAUUAUACAUUAAAAACUAAUAACAUCAGAAGAUCUCUCAUUUGAAACCAUUGAAACCUGUCUAGAAAUUAGAAUCCGUGCCCUCCAUUAGUUUAAUCUGUUCGUUGCGCAAAUUAGAGGAAAAUUUCGUUUUAGAAUAAUUACAAAAUUGCAUAAAGGCAAGAUUACUUUUAAACCUAGCCUCGAUUUUAUUUGGCAGUAUCACGAACUCUACAGGGCAUCAUCUGUGCGUAUCACAGAAUUGCAAACGACGCUUUUGCUUAUCAACGGGACGUCAAAAAUUGUAUAUACAUAUAUAGACAGACGGGACUCGCCAGAGCGGCUAACCAAGUAACGCGGCGUCUUUUAUUCAAGAUUACUAUAACACUCUCUCCCCCUUUUAUAACGCGCACAUGCAAUUCCGUGUCCUUCGCUUCACCUUUCUCGUGAUACCUUUUUCUGUUCUCAUCGUUUACCUGCGUUUCUUCUACACUUGCUAUAUUUUAUCUUAUCUAUCGAAACUAGGGUUGCAACUGGAGAAAAUUUGAAGAAGGGGCAUAAAAAAAAACUCCCACUGUUGUUUUACGUAUUUCUCUAAUAUGUACGUAGAGUCGUGACAGUAUCAGUUAUGGUGAGAAUUUGAUGUUUUUUAUUCCACGGAAAUAAUACAAGUGGAAAGUGACUAUAUAAACCAUUAUUCCGAAUGUAUUUUUGUAGAUUAUCGAAAAACUGAAAUGUUUCUAUUAACUAAGACCCGUUUGAAUUUAAUAUAUUUAUAUGAGACUGUUUUCCCUUAAUAUUAGUAUAUGAAAAGUUAUUUCAGGUGGUAAUAGUUAUUCACUCACUGUAUACAGGGUGUCCCAAAAAUGUUGGAGGUCCUUGAAAGGGGUGGUUCGAGAGGUGAUUUGAAACAACUUUUUCCUUAGCGAAAAUUUUAUACGAGGCUUCGUUAAGGAGAUAUUAACAGAAAACACCGACCAAUCAGAGCGCCCGUAUACCGCUGGAGCGUAGGCUUACGCGCUAAGCGGCCGCGCUCAUUCGCUACCGCGGCCGCUCCCAACGGUAUACGCGCGCUCUGAUUGGUCAGUGUUUUCCGUUAAUAUCUUCAUAACGAAGCCUCCGACAACAUUUUCGCUAAGGAAAAAGUUGUUUCAAAUCACCUCCCGAAUCACCCCUUUUAAUAUGUUACAACAUUUUUGGGACACCCUGUAUACAAUCAGUCCCAUAAGUAUUUGAAGCCUCUAUGUCUACUGAAAAAAUUUGUCUACGUUAAGUCGCAAAUUUGAUAUUUUCAAAUAAAUGUUUCAUUAUAAAUCUGUACAUGAAUCAAUUUCACACAUGUACGUAUUUAUAAUGAAACAUUUAUUUGGAAACAUCAAAGCAUCAUUUAAUUUAGACUUUCUUCAAUAGACAUGAUGGUUACGAAUAUCUUCUAGGACUGACCGUAUAUGAAUAUUAAUAUUAGUUAUAGACGAAUAGGUUCUAAUUUUCUCAUCUAAUAUUUUCUACUUCUCUACUUUUAUUCUACUUAAAUAAUAAAAAAACGCUAAAUUCUCACCAUAAUUUAUUCUAUCAUGACUCUCAAAUAUAUCACGAAUUUAUCUGAAAAUUACAUAUAGCAUCCUUUGUCAGCCUAAAGACCUAAAAGAGGACACAGAGAGCUGAGAAAAUUAUUGUCAUUUCGAACAAAGGACAGUUGGUAAUCCUAAUUAAAACUGUACAUAGCUCGAGUAUACGGCGCGCGCGUACAUGUACGCAUCUAUGUAUGUAGUUACGCGUAUACACGCAUGUGUAUUGUAUAUCGAUAUAACCAUCAAACGUUUCGCGAGGAAAUCGCAAAUAUACCGGAUAGUCCAAAGCCUUAGCCAAUUUUUAUCGACUAUAGUAUAGAGGUACUCUGGUACAAACCGAAUACGAACGAAAUAAAUGACUUAUAUUCGUAAAAAAAAUGCGUGACAUAUUCGUGGAAACCUUUCGUGGAAGAAGAAAAGAAAGAAAGCACUACGUAUAUUAAGUUGGCGUAGCCAUUUCAAAAGGCCAAUGCCAAAUUAACACGAUAUUUUUUUGCUAUUUAUUUGCCAAUUAUUUGCCAAAGAAUUCAUUCUUUUUGCUCCAGCCGUUUUCGAGAAACAAUGGUUACGCUAGCGUAAUAUUAAGCUACCGUAGCCACUUAUGUAUCUCUGUACCUACCAGGGAUAUCAAUUCAAUUCUUGAUCGGCGAUCAGUCGAUGAACCUGCUCCUCGUUCCUUCGAGCCAAUGGUGUAUUCCCCAUACCGAUGCCUGUACGUCUUUUCGCCGAUAUAAAAGAAAAGACACGACAUCCGUCAUCGAAUAUUUGUCUUUUCUGUUUACGGAACAUUCACUAUUCUGUUUAUCGCGAAUAUUCGACAGUUUUCACGAUAUUUCACGGUUUUUUUCGGUCUUCGACGUACAACGUGACUCUAAACGCACUUGCAAAGAAGCUACUGUGGAAAUUCGCGCGGGAAGCGUCGGUCGGUCCAUACCACGUUCCGUAGAAAUUACUCGAAGCUUCUCAAUUUAAUCUGUCUAGGUAGCUAACCAAUACCUGUCACUCGUCGUGCUUCAUUAUUUCGUAUUAUUUAUUUUUUUCGCGUUUAUCUAUAUAAUAUGCUUGUGUACUUAAGCGUAUUUAAGAAAAGUUUCGCGAGUUUGUAAUAAAUGGUAUGAAUAACGUGGGACCAGCGGAACGCGGAUCGGAACGGUUCGUAAGUCGGAACGGUUCGUAAGUGUUCGUUGUCUGAUAUUCGUACUAAACACGCGAUUAUGAAAAUGUUUGACACUUUAUUCGCGAUUGAUCAAUCACUCGCGACAAGAUUACAACGACGAUGAUCACCGUGUACCGUUUUGACGUAAAAUCUCGAUUAAAAACUGUUAAACAUACAAAAGAUCUGACGCGCGUUUCAAUUUCGUUGAAACUUCCAAUGUGGCGACACGUUCGCGAGUGACGACUACCGCCAGAGGGCUGCAAAUCGUACCCACGAUUGCUGUUUGUCGAGACGUAUCGAUUGCAGAUUCCUCUUUACAGGUAAAUUGAUAUUUGUAUUAGAUCUCUCCCACGAGGAAUGCAUUAAUAGAUUUCUGAACGAAACGCAGUUCUUUUUCUUAGCUUGUGAUUGUAUAUUAAAUUUAAUAUGGAAAUUUAGAAAGUUGGAGGACUGACCAAUGCGCCACCUUGCCGUUGCAUGUGUGAACUAGUAAGACUUUGGCAAACGUGCAGGUACGUAUCAACCUAAUACCAAUUCGUAUCGAUUUUAUAUAUAUUUUUUGCCAUCUGACUCAUUCGAGAUAGCAAUCGAAGACUAUUAUUAGAAGGUUAUAUUGGAAUAAAUGAACUAACUCUAAUUGAAAGAAUUUAGAAUCAUAAUUCGUACGUAAGCAUCAUUGCACGCUUAGCGACUCGCCGCCAAAUUCAGAUCGUCAUUCGCAUUCAGACGCAAGGACACUAACAAAGAUUCUCAUGACACGAUUCGAAACUUUUAUUACGACAUUAUAAAUGCACAAAAACAUCUUAAAAAUAUGGGUGUACGUGUAAACGUGUAUAAUCAUGCGACGUGUAAUCGAGAGAACAACAGAGUUGGUUACAGCUUCGAGAAUGAACGGAGCUACGCGGAUUAUAUUCGCUAGAUUUCGAAUAUUCUGGAUGUUUCUUUUUAUUCAUUAUUAGUAUGAUAUUUUUUUUUUUUUUUUUUUUUAAUUAUUGUACAGUUGAUACUGCCCGCAGGGUUCGGAUGCAAGGUGUCCUCUCGAGUAAAUAUUCUGUUGUUGUAUUCAAAUUAAUUAUCCGAUACAGACAAAAUACAAUAAUACAUUGAAAUUCGAAUCAGUAAUUUGAACAGCUUACACGAAACUCCUUUAAGGAUAUUCAUACAUUAUCAGAUUCGUGAAAUUAAAAAUGUUAAAUUUAGUGAUAUCUGUAGUUAAAUAUUAAAACAUACAAAUUUAUACAAAAUACAACAAUACAUUGAAAUUCGAAUCAGUAAUUUGAACAGCUUACACGAAACUCCUUUAAGGAUAUUCAUACAUUAUCAGAUUCGUGAAAUUAAAAAUGUUAAAUUUAGUGAAAUCUGUAGUUAAAUAUUAAAACAUACAAAUUUAU